ACAUGCCGGAAAAUCUCCCAGCGUCGAGGCACUUGCACACGUUCACCCGUUCUGUCAGCAUCGGCUCGAUCGUAAUAGUCGACCACGUGCUCAUACACCAAUAAUUAAUAUUGGAAAAUUUAUCCAUUUUCUGGAGAUUAAUAUAUUAUUCACAAAACAAACUCAAUAAUGGCUGACGAAGUGAACCCCAAAGCCUACCCAUUGGCCGAUGGAACUUUGACUCCCAAACUCUUGAACCUGGUUCAACAAGCCAUGAACUACAAGCAGCUGAGGAAAGGAGCCAACGAAACCACAAAGACACUCAACCGUGGUAUCUCUGAGUUCAUCAUCAUGGCUGCCGAUGCUGUACCCCUGGAGAUCUUGCUCCACUUACCACUGUUGUGCGAGGACAAGAAUGUCCCCUACGUCUUUGUCAGGAGCAAGCAGGCCUUGGGCAGAGCUUGCGGAGUCAGCAGACCAGUCGUGGCAUGCUCGAUUACCACCAACGAAGGUUCACAGUUGAAACCUCAAAUCAUAGCCAUACAAAAGGAAAUUGAAAGAUUACUAGUUUAAAAUUAGUAUGAUACUUAACCUUACUCUGUAAUUAAAUUCCAAAAUAGUAUAAUUUAAUUGUAAUUUUUUAGCUUAUUCUGACCAAAUAAGAUGUAAUAGAUGAAUUUUAUAUUUUAUUAACA